UCUUCUUCUAUUUCUUCUACUUCUUGGUGUACGGUUCCAUGAGACCCAGCCCAGCCUGGUCGCCAUAGCCAUCACCUCUCCCUCCCACAAUGGCUCCCUCUUGCUGCUGCUCCCCUUGCUCUUCCUAUUCCUCCUCUUCGCUCUUCUUUCCCUUUUCCUCCUCCCCCGUCGUCUCUGCCUCGACACCCCUACUCCUCCCCCUCCCCCUCCUCAUCAUCGCCUCUCCUUUUCAGUCAGUCAGUCCGGGUACUUGGAGGAAUUCCUCACCAAUUUUCUUCUUCCUCUUCUUUGUCUCGAAUCAUUCCGUUUUCUUCGUCUCUCAUUCCAUGCUAUAGCUCUGAACUGUUGUUGACGAAAGGCCUUUGUGCCAUCACCAACAAUGUUGACUCCUGCACCACCAGCUUGUUCUGUUGUCGCUGGGGCGUGUACCGACUGUGCCAGGACUGAGGAUUUUCAUGAGUUGGCCAGCUCUUAGUUGAACAGAAGUAGGAGUUGGAAGUGGGUGUGGGAGAAGGUUGCAGGGUGAAGCCAGGAUUCCAACGGUUGGGGGAGGAGGAGAAGGAUGGCAGGCCGCUAUAUGCACUUUUCACCAUCGGCAGGGGGCUCUCCACAACUAGUCAUUCGCUCCUCCACUGCUGCUGUUGAUCACGACAAGUAUCUGUCUGAACUGCUUGCGGAGAGACAGAAUUUGUGUCCUUUCAUGCAAGUCCUUCCCAAUUGUAGUCGUUUGUUAAAUCAAGAGAUAAUGCGAGUAACAACUCUUGUUGGGAAAUUGCCUUAUCUCGACCAGGAUGGGCUGGAUCAUAGAAGCCCUCUUCCAGUAGGCACACCUUUAAAUGACGGUGGUUCGGGGGACUUAAAUGGCUGGGGCGAAAGGCUCGUAAUACCUCAGGUAGGUUGGCAUGGGACUCCUGGCGCAUCCGCCGGGCUAAUAUUGAAGAAGACUCAACGCAUCGACAUUCCAAUUGAUAAGUACCCGAAUUAUAAUUUCGUUGGGAGGAUUUUGGGACCCCGAGGAAACUCUCUUAAACGAGUGGAGGCAACAACUGGCUGCCGUGUAUUAAUCCGUGGUCGGGGUUCCAUUAAAGACAUAGCGAAGGAAGACAAAAUGAGGGAUAAACCUGGUUUUGAGCAUUUGAAUGAACCCUUGCAUGUUUUGGUCGAGGCAGAACUUCCAGCUAAUAUCAUUGAUGUACAACUUAGUCGUGCACGGGAGAUCCUCCAUGACUUGCUCAAGCCAGUUAAUGAAUCAUUUGAUGCCGUAAAGAAGGCUCAGCUCCGUGAACUAGCUACAUUAAAUGGCGCUUUACGUGAGGAGGGUCUAGCUCAUAUGAGUGGCACAGCAUCUCCUUUCAACAAUCCAGGAAUGAAGCGUGCCAAAACUCGGCGAUAGUUUGUUAUGUAGGGUUUCAGUAUGUGCCUGUUUCUCGGUACCAUCCAGAGAAGUAACUUUGGCAAGAUUUAUCCUGUUCUUCUUCGAGGAUUCUAACAGAGGUGAUAUGGAUGGAUGAGCAACGCUGACAAAUGAACAGUAUCAAAGUGUGGCGGUACUUGGAUUUCAAGUAGGUCCAGUCAACUACUAUUACUGAUCUUUCUGAAGGAUUGACUGUAUGAUUCCUUCUUCUGCUUGUCGGAUGUGUAAUUAUCCACGAAGUGCGGGUAGUGCAGAUUUAGGCAGAUGCUGUUAUGAAAAUUGUCGGGUAGCUAUUGUCGCCGAGUUGUCUUGAAUGGCUCUGCGUUUGAGAGGCUCGAUCAGUGUCUGGACCUUGACAAACGAUUACUGAUGAUGCUUAUCGAAUAUACAUAAAUACCACUGACCAGAUGAAGGGUUAGUUGCGAUUGUAAGUUUUAUUUCGAAUUGGACUUUACAUAGGCUUUCACUUGUGAUUCGGUGUCCUGGACAGCUGUUUGCCGUCAAGAGAGAUGCUGAUACACAAUUUCUAAUCUUGGAACAUGAACUUUUGUGCCCUUAACGAAGUCAAUAACUGUCGGCAAGGAGAUAUAGUAUACUAAUAUUCGAAGCGUAAGUGGCGAGUAGUAGACUUUUAAGAGGAGCGCGUUGGCUAUCAAGGGUUUUGACUUUAACGUCGAGGACUUGGAACGGUUCUAUGCGUGAUUUACAAGUUGCGAGAGCGUGGAUUAGUUUUAAGUUGUUUUACUAUUGGAAUCUGACUAAAUGAAGCCGGUGCCUCUUCAAUGUGUGCCUUACUUAGCGUUUGCUGAAAUUUUGCUGUUGCGACUUCAAGGUACUUGCCGCUGACAUUUCUCUAAUGUUAUCCAACUGACAUGAAUCUGAGACCAAAGGAGAGUAGAAGACAAUUCAAGUUGCUUUUCAUUAGAUUACUACCAAUUGAGUUGUUUUACUAUUAUUAUUAUUAUUAUUAUUAUUAUUAUUAUUAUAAGGGUAUUUUCAUGCCCAUCGGGCUCUUUUUUGUGAAAGAUUGUUUACUGCUUGCUGCCCAUGGUCAGUUAUCGAGUUAAGUAAACGAUUCAUGUGGGACUCAUUGGUAGAUGGAGCCUUGCAAUUGUUAAGUGGUUCAUUUGCUGUUCCUGAGUUUUAUGUAGAGAAAUACUGGUUGAUGGAGUAGUUUUAGAUGCAAGUACUUGUUCAUUUGUCUCAUGAACUGUAUGCUCUUUACAGGUGCUCGGCAAUCACUAGGAGACCUCGCGGAUAUUUUUCCAGUUAUCUUUUUGAAGUAUCAAAUGGAGAUUCAGAAUCUGAACAUAACCUUCCGAAAGAGUUCGUUGUUCAUGCUAUUGUCCAGCCAAAUAAUUCCUGAAGCUGCCUGUAGCAAGGUGUACGUAAUGUUCUAUUUGGUUAGUUCAAAAUUCAUUUGCCUAAAAUUUUGCAAUGCUAAGUUUUCUUCUGGUGAGAACCUUGCAUAGUUGAGAUGAACAUAUUGAUAGGCACCAUUUUAUUGUCCUCUUUAGUUUUGGUUUCGUCCUUGAAGAUUUAUCACCUUUCUUCUUUUUACGCAUCAUCAUGGAAUUUGAAUAUUCCUACACAGCUUGGCUUCUCCAUACGUGUCUUUGUGCAGUUCUCCGCAUGCACAACUAAUGAGUCUAUAGUCUUGCUUUACCAGCCAACAGUCUUGUGUUCAGUUUUCUGAACCUAUAGCUUUAUUGGAUGAGACCUCGUUUCGAUCA